CGAGGUACCACACUUCGCCGCGGAGCUGGGCCAGAUGGAGAAGUUCCCCGUGAUGGUGUACAUCCACGGCGAGUCCUACGAGUGGAACAGCGGGAACCCCUACGACGGGACCGUCCUCGCCGCCUACGGCCGCGUCGUCGUCGUCACCGUCAACUUCCGCCUCGGCAUCUUGGGUGAGAGGUUUCCCCUCCGGCCGGCUAUGAGCGAGAAGCAGGUGAGCAACUUCGGGCCGGACCAGAUCGCGGCGCUGCACUGGGUCAAGGAGAACAUCGGCAACUUCGGCGGCGACCCCGACAGAGUGACCAUCGUGGGCCACGGCACGGGUGCCGCCCUCGCCAACCUGCUGCUCAUCUCGCCCGUCGCGAAGCGAGGUGAGUGUGCUGCAUUAGAAAGAAAUAUUCUCUGGUACACACGAGGUUCCCAUUUCCGUUUGCAUACUCACGCGUGGCGCCCGCAGGUGGCCAAGGCGCUGGAGUGCCCUCUCACGGACCAGAGCAGCGAGCUGGUCAACUGCCUGCGCGACAAGAGCGUCGAGGAGCUGCUCAACGUGCGCCUGAACGUGCCGCCCUUCACCACGGCGCUCGGGCCCAUCGUCGACAACAUCAUCGUCAAGGACGACCCUCAGAAGACCAUGAAGGAGGGCGCGCGGCUGGGCACUUACGACCUGCUGUACGGCGUGGCGCUGGCGGAGAGCUACCACAUGCUGACGGCAAGGGAGGUGCGGGAGGGGAUGACGGAGGAGAGAAGGAAUCGCCUCGUCAGGGCCUACGUCAACAACAAUUUCAAACAUCAUGCGUCGCAAGUGUACCCGACGGUGAUGACGCACUACCAGCCGUGGAGCAAGGCGCCCAUCGUCGACGACCAGAUGGUCCGCGACCAGACGCUCGAGAUCCUGAGCGACGCGCAGAUCACGGCGCCCGUCGUGCAGAUGGCCAACCUGCACUCGAACCUCAACCAGAAGAGCUACUUCUACUGCUUCAGCCACCAGAGCGCGUUCGGCGACUACCUGGUGGACCAGGGUACAGUUCACGGGGAGGAACUGGCGUAUGUGUUCGGCGCGCCCUUAGUCAGCGGCUUCAACCACUUUGGCCUCAACUACACGAGGGACGAGAAGUUUCUCUCUGAACUGGUCAUGACUCUGUGGUCUAACUUCGCAAGAACUGGGAGCCCAAAUCUGCCUACUCCUCAGGGAUUCUUAACCCCUGGAAUGAACCGUUACUGGGAAGAUAACCUUCAGAUCAUGUGGCCACAGUACCAAAAAAUUACUCAAGAAUAUCUUAACUUAGACAUGAAGGUGGUCGUCAAAAGCCACUACCGCGCGCGUACGCUCGCCGUCUGGAACCACCUGAUCCCCGAGUUGGUGUCUGCCUCGUCGAAGCCGUACGUGCCGCACCAGCUCACCACCACCGCCAUCACGCUCGUGCCCACGGUGCGGCCUCGCCUUCUCUUCACGACGCCCAAGUGGAAGCCGAAGUCCACCUACAAGCCUCCAGAGACGGCCUCUGCCCCUCCACCUCCUCCUCCUCCUCCUCCUCCGCCCGCUGUGGAGCACGAGUCCCCAAGCCCUUCGGGACCCCCACCCCCGCCCGUCUACGCCGGCACGCCCAUCAGCAUCGUCAUUCUGGUCGGCAUCGCCAUCCUGUUCAUCAACUGCUGUGCGAUGGGCGCCGUGUACUACCAGAGGGACAAGAUCAAGUUCCAGUCCAAGUUCCUACGGAGGUUCCGGAGAGGCAAUUCGGAGGCGGACGAGGAGGAGUGCGCGUCAGAGGCGCCCUCGCUCAGCGCCUCCGCCAAGGGGGAGAGGAAGCGCAAGAAGAGUCGCAGCGACUACGAAGUAAGCGACUCGGCCCACUCGGACUCCGUCUCACGAGCGUCGGCCGUGUCCAGGGAGUCCGGCAGCAAGAAGCGGCAGCACUCGCAGUCUUCUCGGGAUGUCUCGCCUCCUUCCACGAAUAAGCACCACGAUGCGUCCAAGAGCUCCCACAAGAAUAACCCCAGCAAGAGUUCCAAGAGCAACCACCGGCGACACAAGAGUGAGGUAUCGAUUUACAGUGAAAUUGGACGCACAGCAGAUGUCCACGUACACGCUGACGCGUCAGGUUCUCGGUCCGUGUCGAGGUCCAACAGCAAGAGGAGCCCCACGGUGAAGUUUGACACAGUGGGCUCGGGCCUCCCGCCGAAGAGCGUCACGAAGAGCACAACAUCCAUCUCCUCGAAGGCCUCAAUUACUUCCCAUGCCUCGGCAAAGAGCACAAGCUCCCGCGCGUCUGUAAAAAGCACCACUUCAGAAAAGCGCUUAAAGAAGAACGCGAGUUGCCAGAGCCUUCCGACAGCGGAAUACAGCUGGGGCAUCACGAAGGAAAUGACGAUGACGGAAAGGGACGAUCCAGAGGGACAUGACGACCAGAGGACACCUGUGGACCGACAGCAUACAGUAGCAGCUAUGCAGAAGCUUAAUUACCCAAAGGUCUUACCGGACCAUCCCGACGGCAUACACGCCGCUACCCUUCCCAAAGUGAGGCCCCCGCCUCCGCCGCGAUCUACAUCUCUAACAGCUAAAGACAUUCAGGAAUUAGAAGAGAAAAUCCAUGUUGUGUACCGCACAAAAAAGAGGACUCCGAGGCGAGAUGCUUCUACCGACUCGUGUGAUCUUAGUGGCCUAGACGUUUAUGGGGUUAGCGGGGACAAGCUUGCCUCUUCCUCUUUGUUUGGGACAGCAUCUCCAGUUGCGACUGUCAGCAGAUCUCGCACCAGAAAGAGUGAUGGCACUGGCGAUUAUGGUCAUAGUGCGGACUAUCUUCAGCAAGGAAAAACUGCAGACUACGGCCGCCAAGGAACGUCUGUGGACUAUGACAAAGCUGGAGGCAAAACAGCAGAGUAUGCUCGUAAGGGAGCUACUGAUCCCUAUAGCAGGUAUGACACUUAUGAGCCGACUUAUAUUUACAAGGACAGCAGAGUCGCAUCUGCACCAAAAAAUCCUGCAACUUCAGAGAUAAGCAAUUCCAAUAAAACUUAUGAGUCGUAUGGGGAAGCCAGACCUGCUCGUGUUCCCCUCGCUACAUUUGGCAAAAUGGGUAACCAUUCACCAGGAGACGGAGCCUCCUACACCGAGCAGACGAGGCUACGUCAGAACUAUGAUCCAAGUAUGACAAUGCCGAAUGCAACAGCUAUUGUGACAGCUGCAGCACAGACAGCAUUAGCCACGGCCACUGCGCCUGCAUUUGUUGGAGCCUCUAACCCAGGGCGUUCCACCUCCAGAAACGUUGCCCCUGUGCCAGCUGCCACUCAUACCUGUGCACUCCGCCAGCAGUCCUCCGUGACAUCGGGAUCAGACACCAGUACCGUGUACGAGCAGAGUGAGAAUACUGGUACAAUAAAACGCAAGAAAUCCAUAAAGAAAGAGAACUCCACAAACACUUCUAUUUCCAUUUCUACCCCGUCUACGACCCCCGCCGAAAAGCCACUAAAGGGCGUGCUUAAGCAAACGUCUGCUUAUGACAAGCCAAAGCCCUUGAUGGCGAAGGCGCCGGGGGCAUCUCCAAGCGCCUCAGCCUCGAGCAUCAGCAGCACGGAAGUCGGGAGCGAUCCGAGUGGGAGCAACGCGGUAAAACACGAAGUUGCUGGUAAAUCCUCCUCAAUGAAGAGAGUUAACAGAGUGGCCACGCCGGGCGCCACGAGACGCAAAGGCAAAAGUGAACACCAGACCUCUACUGAUGUGCAAACUGAACCGGCCAAGUGACUUUGAACUAUGUUAUUUUAGGGUCCCAGUAUGUUUUUCAUAAUCAUGUGAGUGAAAAUACUCGCUCAAGAUUUACAUGAAACUUUUCACAAAUGCCGUGACUCAAUAUUGAUAUUCAUAUCAAUAUUAAUAGUUCUAUUUUUCUAGAACUUUGUUGUUGUGCAAGAGUCCGACAUGUCAUGUCCUGAUACUUCAAUGUUGAAAGGGCAUCAAUGCAGGUCCGUCGGGAAAUGUUUAGUGUCCUCAAGAAGGACCCAUUGUGGUGGAUGCAGUGUGUUCAUCAGGGGAAUGGGAAAAAAACUCAACAUAACUUUGCAAUCUUCGAACCAGUGCAAUUCUGUAUUUUAAUGUUCCAACAUGGUGCCAGACAGUCUAGUUUGGUCGAGUAACAAGUCUCAUCAUUUAAGUUGACUGCUGCUUCGUAAAAAAAAAAUCUGGUUGUAAAUAUGAAACCAAACCGAGGCAUUUCUACCGGUUACUUUCGAUAGAUUACUUUUAUAGUGAAGAAACAGUCUUCCAGGAAUUUCUCGAGCCAGACUUUGUUCACCUGAUCUCCCGUUAUCAUCUUGUUCAAAUCUUCUCCGAAUGUUUUGAAUUCAGCAUCAGUCUCCAGGACUGACGACUCCGCUUGUUUUUCUGUCGGAGGGCACAGAGGGCCUUGUGCAGUGCCAUUUCUUUCGUCACUUUAUGGCAGGGAAGGUGUAUUUUUCUAGGUUCUAUAAAUGUUCCCGAGCACAGAUUUUUUGUAUAUUUUUGACAACAUUCAAUGAUUCUCGUUUUCUAUGAGCCAACGCAAUUUUCCAUAAAGCAUUUUUAGUUUACCCAAAGUGUUCACUUGUAUUGUGAUGUCAUGGUAAAUGUAUAUAUUUUAGCAAAAGCAUUUCUUCUGUUGGUAUUGACAAAGGUAAGGAAAAAACGCUAUGCAUUUUUAAUUCCUCGUCACUUAAAUCACCAAAUCCUUUCAUCAGUCGUUAGGCAGGUGUUUAGUGCCCUAUUUCUUAGGGUCAUUAUGCGUACAACUUUAAUUUUGUACUGUAUACUCAGUGAUAAAGGAAGACUUGUAAUUUUUCUAAUUAUUUCAUAUUUGCUUUUCAAAACACAGUUGAAGAAUUUUCCUAUUAUGUCUUUGCCUCAUGACAUUUGGUAUUAUAUACCAAUAUUCUAAAGCGAACAUUAGAUAUUUCAAGAGUCAGAAUAAAAUGUAAAUACAGUUAUGCUACAAACUUUAUGGUAAACGAACAAAGUAUCAUGAUUGAUGGUAUUAUGAUUUGACCAAAUUAUGGUUUAAACUUUCUGAUGCUCGAAUAUUUUCUAAUGUUAAAUGACGUAACGACUGUUCAUCGUGUAUUAUGAUACGGAGGUACUUACAGUAAUUACCUUUUCUCCAAUGUAGUUAAUAUCAAUAUAGUUCCGUCAAACUUUCCAUUGUAUUUUUAGAUCAUAUACUUUCAGUUGAUUAUCAUCAAGUCUGUAAUGAACCAUUAUCAAUAACGUGUCCAUUUGUAUCAACAAAGAUUUCCUCAAUCCGUUCAAGUAAAGUUGAUAGACAAGCAAAUCACAGAUGUCUAAGAAAAGUUUGAAAAAGCGGAUUUUCUGCUGUUUAUCCAUCUUUCUAUUUUAGGAAGAGAAUGUUAAUUUAGGGAAAGGGUCUUUCUCCUUAAAAAAAAAAAUCAUUAAAUCAUUCGUCGGAUUACUGUACGAAAUCUCGAGGGACUGAAUUGAAAAGAUUUUUUUCUUCUGUGGCGAAUAUUUUGUAUAUAUAAAUCCGGAAUACUUGAUGAGUUACAGGUAAGUGAUGGGCAUGUGUAGAAGAGACACAGAGGAAGUGUAGAUAAUCUUUUAUCAUAGUGAUUGUAAAAUUUCUUUGUAAUUUUUAUUCUGUUGCAGUCCGCCAAAGUUCCAAUCAAUAAAAUUUGUCUCGAAAAGAAA